GAUGGCGGGGCUUUGCCAGAGGCAGCCGGCUGGGUGCGCCUAGGACUUCAUCCCCCGCCAGCCCCCGCGGCCUAAGUCGUUACUUCUUCCUGUUUUGGGGGACAAGUCGCCGAGCAGCUGCCAACUGCGAGGUCUGAGAAGAGGUCUUCGCCUCCUCAUCUGGUUUUCCGAGGUGGAGGGAUUGAUUGACCUGCUGAGGUAGAGCACGUUCUCGCUCCUGGCAAACUCACCCUGGGACAGUCGGAGAGGGAGCCCAGGACUAGCUUCCUCAGUGACUGGAAUCUGAGAAAAAUGGCAGAUGUGGAUAGUGAGUCCAGGAAUCUUAUCCCUGAGGUAGAACAUGAAGUAAAUCCUGGACCUAUGAAUAUCCAGUUUGAUUCGUCAGAUCUAAGAUCUAAAAGGCCUUUCUAUAUAGAGCCGACAAACAUCGUCAGUGUGAAUGACGUCACUCAGAGGGUUAGUGACCAUGCCUCUGCUAUGAACAAGAGGAUUCACUACUACGGCCGGCUCACCACCCCUGCAGACAAGGCACUGAUUGCCCCCGACCACGUCGUUCCUGCUCCAGAGGAAUGCUACGUGUACAGUCCACUGGGCUCUGCCUACAAGCUUCAGAGUUACAGCGAAGGCUACGGUAAAAACAGCAGCCUAGUAACUAUCUUCAUGAUCUGGAACACCAUGAUGGGGACGUCCAUACUGAGCAUUCCUUGGGGCAUAAAACAGGCUGGAUUUACUACUGGGCUGUGUGUCAUCGUGUUGAUGGGCCUUUUAACACUUUACUGCUGCUACAGAGUGGUGAAAUCCCGGAGUAUGAUCUGUACAUCAGACACAACCACCUGGGAAUAUCCAGAUGUCUGCAAACAUUAUUUUGGCUCCUUUGGGCAAUGGUCAAGUCUCCUUUUCUCCCUGGUGUCCCUCAUUGGAGCAAUGAUAGUUUAUUGGGUGCUUAUGUCUAAUUUUCUUUUUAAUACUGGAAAGUUUAUUUUUAAUUUUAUUCAUCACAUUAAUGACACAGACACUAUACUAAGAACCAAUAAUAGCAACCCUGUGAUUUGUCCAAGCGCUGGGAGUGGUGGCCAUCCUGACAACAGCUCCAUGACUUUCUACAACAAUGACACAGAAGUCCAGCACUUUGAGCAGUGGUGGGAUAAGUCGAAGACGGUGCCCUUCUACCUCAUAGCGCUCCUCCUGCCCCUGCUCAACUUCAAAUCGCCUUCAUUUUUUUCUAAAUUUAAUAUUCUGGGCACAGUGUCCGUCCUGUAUUUGAUCUUCCUUGUUACCUUGAAGGCUAUCCGCUUAGGGUUCCACCUGGAAUUCCACUGGUUUAUGCCAACAGAAUUUUUCGUACCAGAGAUAAGAUUUCAGUUUCCACAGCUGACUGGAGUGCUUACUCUUGCUUUCUUUAUUCACAACUGUAUUAUUACACUCUUGAAAAACAACAAGAACCAAGAAAAUAAUGUAAGAGACCUGUGCGUUGCUUAUGUGCUGGUGACACUGACUUACCUCUACAUUGGGGUCCUGGUUUUUGCCUCAUUCCCUUCACCUCCGUUAUCCAAAGAUUGUAUUGAGCAGAACUUCUUAGACAACUUCCCUAGCGGUGACACCCUGUCCUUCAUUGCAAGGAUGUUCCUGCUCUUCCAGAUGGUGACUGUGUACCCACUCUUAGGCUACUUGGCUCGUGUUCAGCUCCUGGGCCAUAUCUUCGGUGACGUUUAUCCUAGCAUUUUCCAUGUGCUGAUUCUUAAUUUAAUUAUUGUGGGAGCUGGAGUGACCAUGGCCUGUUUCUACCCAAACAUAGGAGGAAUCAUAAGAUACUCGGGAGCAGCCUGUGGCCUGGCUUUCGUGUUCAUAUUCCCUUCUCUCAUCUAUAUAAUUUGCCUCCGCCAAGAGGAGCGGCUGACGUGGCCUAAAUUAGUCUUUCAUGUUUUCAUCAUCAUUUUGGGCCUGGCGAACCUGAUUGCUCAGUUUUUCAUGUGAAAACUGUUUUCUCAAGAUUUCUCACGGUGUUCUGAACCUUGGCAACGCUUCUGCAUAAAAGAACUUGAAAGCGCUGUCACUGCUGUAAUUCUACGUGUUUUUUCUAAGAUGAUUGGAAGCAAGGGAAAUGAUUGUCUGCUGCUAAGUAUUUUUGUACUGGAGAGGCGGGGGAGUGAAAAGGAUGGUCUUCCUCAGUGACCCUCAUUCUCAAGUCUCCAAGUAGAAAUAUAGGCGGGAUCCCGCUGGUUUGUCUGUUGAUAAGUGUAAGGUAGGUGGCUGUGUUUUGCCUACAGCAAGGGAUCUCAGGGGUCUCGGGUCGAGGCAUGUUGCCAGACCUCGUUUCUGCUUCAGUGUGCUCUCUUCCACUUUCUUCCUUGCUGGACCGUCCCUACAGUUUGCCCAAGCCUCUGCUGUUUCCAACAGUAAAACAAAUACCUCAUUUUAAAAGGAGUUUCCAUGGCAUCGUUAUUAAUGGAAUGAAUUCCUAACUAAAUACUAAUCCGAGGAGCCAAACAAUGUUACAUAGUAGCAGCCUAUCGGAA